AUGGCGCUGCCUGCAGGGACACCCUGCCUCCCGCCGGGCCCGCCGCGCAGCCCCGAGCCGCCCCCGCCGCCCGCCGGCGGCCCCGAGGCGGUGCCCGGCGUGGCGGGGCUGCGCAACCACGGCAACACCUGCUUCAUGAACGCCAUCCUGCAGUGCCUCAGCAACACCGAGCUCUUCGCCGAGUUCCUGGCGCUCGAGCAGUUCCGCGGCCCCGCCGAGGCCGGCCCGCCGCCGCCCGCGCCCGGCGAGGUGACGGAGCAGCUGGCGCAGCUCGUGCGGGCGCUCUGGACGCUGGAGUACACCCCGCAGCACAGCCGCGACUUCAAGAACAUCGUGUCCAAGAACGCUAUGCAGUACCGUGGGAAUGCCCAGCACGAUGCACAGGAGUUUCUGCUCUGGCUUCUAGACAGAGUCCACGAAGAUCUGAACAACGUAGUGAAAUACAGUGGCAUGCCUCCCCUCAAGCCACCGCUGGAGGAUGAUGUGCUGCUUGAGGGACCAGCCUUUCCCAUCAGUAGUACUUUCGUGCAGGAACUCUUUCAAGCCCAGUACAGGUCCUCUCUGACGUGCCCUCAUUGCCAGAAGCAGAGCAACACUUUUGACCCUUUUCUCUGCAUCUCCCUGCCAAUUCCCUUGCCGCACACCCGGCCGCUCUACAUCACCGUGGUGUACCAGGGGAAGUGCUCCCACUGCAUGCGCAUCGGCGUGGCCGUGCCCAUCGCCGGCACCGUGGCCAGGCUGCGGGAGGCGGUCUCGUCGGAGACCAAGAUACCCACGGAGCAGAUCGUGCUGACGGAGAUGUACUACGACGGGUUUCAUCGCUCCUUCUGCGACACUGACGAUCUGGACACAAUUCAUGAAAGUGACUCCAUUUUUGCCUUUGAGACCCCGGAGAUAUUUAGGCCCGAGGGUAUCCUUAGUCAGAGAGGAUUACAUGUGAACAAUAACCUGAAUAACUUGAAAUAUGGCACUGAGCACUCCCGAACAAUAUCCUACUCUCAAGGAACAGUGAAGUCUGGAAAACUGGAACAGUCUUCUACUAGACAAGCAGCAAACGACAAGAUUGUCUUGCUGGUGUGUAACAGAGCGUGCACUGGACAGCAGAGCAAAAGGUUUGGCUUGCCCUUUGUGUUGCACCUGGAAAAAACAAUUGCUUGGGAUAUUCUGCAGAAGGAAAUUCUGGAGAAGAUGCAGUAUUUUCUGCGGCCUGCAGCCUGCUUGCAGGUUUGCCCAUUCAGCUUGCGAGUGGUCAGUGUUGUGGGCAUAACGUACCUGCUACCUCAGGAGGAGCGGCCCCUCUGCCAUCCAACAGUGGAAAGGGCAUUGAAGUCAUGUGGACAGGGGGGAACCGCUCACGUGAAGUUAGUCGUAGAAUGGGACAAAGAAACUAAAGAUUACUUGUUCGUGAAUACAGAAGAUGAAUAUAUUCCAGACUCUGAAAGCGUCCGCCAGCAGAGAGAGCUUCAUCACCAACCUCAGACCUGCACUUUAUCUCAGUGUUUCCAACUGUACACCAAAGAGGAACAGCUUGCCCCAGAUGAUGCAUGGCGAUGCCCACACUGCAAGCAGCUGCAGCAGGGCAGCAUCACACUGAGCCUCUGGACCUUACCUGAUGUUCUCAUCAUACAUCUCAAAAGGUUUAGACAGGAAGGAGACCGAAGGAUGAAGCUCCAAAACAUGGUUAAAUUCCCCCUGAGUGGCUUGGACAUGACUCCUCACGUUGUAAAACGCAGUCAGAGCAGCUGGAGUCUGCCAUCUCACUGGUCACCCUGGAGGCGACCUUACGGUCUUGGAAGGGAUCCUGAGGACUACAUCUACGACCUGUACGCAGUCUGCAAUCAUCAUGGCAACAUGCAAGGGGGACACUAUACAGCAUAUUGCAAAAACUCGGUUGAUGGCCAGUGGUACUGCUUUGAUGACAGUGAUGUUCAGCAGCUUCCUGAAAAUGAAGUCUGCAAGCAGACAGCAUAUAUUCUUUUCUACCAGAGACGCACAGCAAUCCCAUCGUGGUCUGCUAACAGCUCUGUGGCAGGGUCCACAAGCUCCUCGCUCUGCGAGCACUGGGUCAGCCGUCUUCCUGGUAGCAAGCAGCCCAGCAUUGCUUCAGCAGCAUCGUCGCGGCGCACGUCUCUGGCUUCGCUCUCCGAAUCGGUGGAGCUGACCGGGGAGAGGAGUGAAGAUGAUGGAGGAUUUUCAACUCGGCCCUUCGUAAGAAGUGUCCAGCGUCAGAGCUUGUCAUCUCGAUCUUCUGUCACCAGCCCACUGGCAGUGAGUGAGAACGGUGUCAGGCCCUCGUGGUCGCUCUCUGCAAAGCUGCAGUUACGCUCCAACUCCCCAUCGCGCUUCUCUGGAGAUUCCCCAGUACACACCUCUGCUUCCACCCUGGAGAAGAUUGGGGAGGCUGCUGAUGAUAAAGUCUCCACCUCUUGCUUUGGCAGCUUGAGGAACCUUUCUAGCAGCUACUUGGAACCCUGCGAUGGCAGCCGCCGAGAGCACAGGACGGCUCGCAGAGCCCCCCUGGCUGUCAUGGAAGGGGCGUUCAGGGAAGAGUCUGUUGUAAGGACAUCUAGCUCAGACCUUUCAGAUGGGCUUGGCAAAAGCUCUGUGCAGCCAGACAAGAAUCACCCUGCUUUGGACCCUUUUGAUAACAACAAUCAAAUUGCCUUUGUUGAUCAGAGUGAUUCUGUGGAUAGCUCUCCAGUCAAGGAGGUGAAAGCCUCCAGUGGGACGGGACUGGCUCCAGAGAAGGCAGAUGGAACCCUUAAGAAGGCUCACAGUUCCAAGGGAGCUUCUGAAACAGACAAAAGCUUGAGGAAGGGAAGGACAGUCCUAUCUACCCAAGAGACCAAAGUCUCUCACUCUUCUCCUCCUCCCCCUAAGGGUUCCCAGAAGGUUUCCCGGUCUAGGAGUAAGACUGACUCCUCCAGGGCCAGUGGGCGACAUGGGUCUCCUGCUCCCACUCAGGCUAGGAAGGACCAUAGCACCAAGCCCGUUGAGGUGGCUAUCUCAUCAGCUCAGCAGAAGCAAAAGUCAGGUUCUUCUCCCUCUUCCACAGCUGCCAAGAAAGCCACAUCAGGCUCAUUGACUAAGGGCUCUUCUGUUGGGAAGAGCCGGACUUCAGACCGAAGCCUCAGCAGGGAGGGCUCUAAGAUAAGCCUGGGCUCGGACAAAACGAGCGUUACCAGCAGUUCAAGAACGAGCUCCCCACGGAUAAGCCACUCCAGGAGUGACAGCAGGGCAGUAGACAGCAAGCACGUGAGGAGUUCCUCCAUGGCCAACCUGCGGUCUCCAAAUGUUGGCAUGCGUUCUGGUUUGAAGAGGGACAGCAAAUCAGAAGAGAAGGGAUUGUCCUUCUUCAAGUCUGCCUUAAGGCAGAAGGAGACCCGGAGGUCAGCAGACCUGGGAAAGACCACGAUGCUCUCAAAAAAGGCAGCGGGUGGCAGUUCCAAGUCAGUCAGCAAAAACGUGCUGGAGGACAAGUCUGAGAAAGGUGGUGUCCCACCAGCCUCCCAAACCAAUGCCAAUGUUACUGCAAAAGAAAAGCUCGUCCCAAAAGAUGCCGCACCCAACAAACAUUCUCUGCUCUCCAGUCGCAAGUCCAAGUCUUCCCAGCUAGAUCCCGGAGCCCAGUCUCCUCCUUCCAGUGGCAAGCAGGCUGCUGACAAGCCACUGAAAAAGUUACCUUCCAGCAUGCAGGUGUCCGUACGGCCUUCUCUGGAACCUCAGUGAAAUGCUGCAAUCCAGGUGUCUUUUCUGCUGAGAAGCUAAUUUAUUCUGAGCUCUUGUUUUUUGUUCAUGUGCCUAAUGUAUGUUUUGAGGAGAAGUUAACUGCGAGUUGUUAAAGCGCCUUUUGAUUCUGCCAUCAAACCAAAUAGCCACAGGCAGCCAGCACCGAUGCAAGUAGUCCAUCUGGAGUCAUUGUUGAACCCGAUGCAGCUGUCCCAUAGCACUUGUGCAGGAGUCUCUUCAUAGAAAAUGCAACAACUUUCUUCAGACUCAAGGUCUGAGGUCUGAAACCCAGUUGUACUGACACUAGUGUGCUUCGUAGAGCUGUGAACUGAUGUUCCUUUGGUCUCGUUCUGAGCAGGCUGUGUCUGCACUGGCCUUGUUCUGAGCUGUGGAGGAUGCGAAGGAAACUGGACAGGAGAGCCUCCUGCUGCUUACGCGCUCUCUCGACCCGCUCUCCCUGCUCCCUUCCAUUUUCUAGCUUUCUUAAGGGCAAUAUCUCAACACUAAUGUUGUUUCUCAGGUAUAUACUCAGCCAGUAUAGGAGGGACUAGCAUUAGUGGAUGGACAGGAAGGUACCUGUGUGUCUGUGCGUACGCGUGUCUUUGUAAUAGAUUUCAUAUUUGCAUUCCAACAGCGGAAAGAUUUUUCCAUAAAAUGUUAUCUGCAUUUUUUGUUGCUCUGUCUGUGAAGAGUGUUACUCUGUCCAUACCUAAGGCGACCUCUAGCCCGUUCUCUUUAAUUGCUUUCUCUCUUCUGAAGCACUAUACUCAGCAACAGAAGUCACUAAGCAGCAGCUGGUUGCCAGCCUGUUCUGUGAAAGUGCGAGGUGGCUUGUUGGUGCCCUAGGAGGUGGCUGUCCUUGUGCGCCCGAGCAGCGGCGGUGCUGGUAGGACCCCCGCCCAAACCCCUGGGCAGCAGCGUUUUCUGAUGUGCUCAGACGCUUAACUGUGGUGGUGUGGAGUUAGCAUCCGGUACUUAGAGGCGUAGUGCUUAGCUAAGCCAAGUGUCGUCCUGCCUUCUCUAAGCGAGCCUCCUCAUGGGGCUUGGAGGGGCUGCACCCCAGAGCCGUGCCGGGGUUGCUGCCCUGCUCCUCCCCAGCACGCUCCUCGUGUUCCCCGCGGUCUGCCCGCUGCGCGUCUCUUCCUGCAGCGGUCCUGUCCUCGUCUGGGUGUUGGUCUGUCAGGGCUAAAGCACUACAUCUAGCGGCGUCCUUGUUUACAUGCCCUUCUCCAAGGGGAGACUCCUCAAGCUCUUUUGGAUUCCUCUCUGAAGGUGGAUUCCUCAAGUUCUUUUGUAUACUCGUAGUGUAAUUUUUUUUAAAUUUCAUCAUAUUUUAUUAAUGCUCUGCAUAUCUUUUCUGUACAGCAGCAGCCUGUCCUGUGGCUCGUGGCAUGCAGCAGCUGGGCAGUGUGCUGUGCACGCUUGUCUUUUGGAGAGGCCUUUGCCUGCCGCCCAGUCUCACCCAGUGAAGCUCCUCUGGGCUCAGCCUGCAGACAGCCCUGCUCGUACGUCUCUCCCGUCACUGUAGCGGUGCCCUCAGAGCAGUUGCUUGCAGCUAGCCUGUUCCACCUCCGCUCUUAGUUGGCGACCCUACAGGAAGCCUUGCCCCAGGCUGCCCGGGCACGUUGCUGCUCCUUGGGUUUGUUCUCGGCUCACCGCUCCUGCACCGGGCUUUGGAGAGAAGCGUGUCUUGGGGCAGCUGCUGCCUGGUGCGCAGGCGGUGGGUGCGGAGCUGACCCGGGGAGCCGCGGGGUCUGUGUCUGCAGCACAGCCCUUGGCCUGUGCUGGCUGAGCCCGGCAGUACCUGCCUUCCUGUGCCCCAGAGGCAAUGCCAGUGGCCUGCGUGUCUUUACAGUGUGUUGGACUCUGUGCCCUGGACUAUGUUUUUAAGCCUGAGCGUGACCAUCUUCUUGAUCCGUUUCUUCUCCCACGCAUUGUUGUUACCUUCUCGUUCAAUGCAGCAACAAGAAGCAAAGGUGGUAUUGCUUGCUUCUUAAGUGUACAACUUGGGUUAUUCUUGGAUUAUUUUUUGUUAUGUCCAGCAGAGCAGAGGAGACUUGCUUGGCAUUUUGGUACUUAAAUUUCUCCCUGAAAUGCCGAUGUUUAAGAUCUUGCACCGUGUUGGCUCUCCUCUUGUAACAACUCUUCUAGCAAGAAUGUAAUUCCGGUAGCUGUUGCUAACUUGGUUUGAUAUCUUUUAAUAGACACAACCUAGUUUUCUGUGCGUUUCACCAUUGGAUGUUUGUGAAAGGC